AGAGAAUUAUUUUGGAUAACAAUGGUGAGACUGUGACUGACCUACGAACAGCUUCCCUCACCUUUCUAAUCUCUCACCCCUUUUCUCCGAUUGAAAUUUUGCAAUGGCGAUAUCAACAAUCUCUUCAACUCUGUUUCCUUCUUUAACAAUCCCAAACACUUCUUCACCCAAGCCAAGGUUCACUAUUUUAUCUCAUUCUUCACCACUCUCUUUCAACCCCUUGAAGCUCCCCAAUUCUUCCCUCAAACAUUCACAAUCCACCACAAAUAUCUUUGCUGCUCCUGAAGCUUUGGAAGAGACACCUGAGGUUGGAGGCUCUGAGGUGCCUACUUCAUCUGUUAGUGUAGAAGCAGACAAGGUGGCACCUAAGCAGAAGAUCAGAAUUAAACUCAGGUCAUACUGGGUCCCUUUAAUCGAGGACUCUUGCAAGCAGAUUUUGGAUGCCGCACGGACUACCAAUGCCAAGACGAUGGGACCAGUGCCAUUACCGACCAAGAAGAGGAUCUAUUGCGUCCUGAAAUCCCCACACGUGCACAAAGACGCAAGGUUCCACUUCGAGAUUCGAACACACCAACGCCUAAUCGAUAUUCUAUACCCGACGGCGCAAACGAUCGAUUCGUUGAUGCAGCUUGACCUUCCUGCCGGGGUUGAUGUGGAAGUGAAGCUAUGAAGAAGCAACACUGUAGGUAAGGUAAAUUUUGUGUAAGUUGCUAAAGAUGUCCCUUAAAACUUUGUGCUUUGUUUCAUUCCUUGUAUUAUUGUUAUCAUUUUUGUAGCACUUAUCAUAAUUUGAUUGUUUUGCAACUUGAAGAACUUCAAGAAAUGCAAAUAUUGAAAAGUACUGAAUUUGCUAAUUUGCAUAAAGAUGAAAGUUCUUUUUGAA